AUGCAAGUCUUCAACGAUGAGAUCACAAGCCCUCUCACUGCACAAAUCGUCGAUUUCUGUGAUCCACAGCUCUUUCAAGAGACCUUUAAUCAAACUUCUGAAGUGACCUCUGCUUCAAAUUGUUGUGGCUAUGUCGAAAACAACGUCAACAACAAUGGUCUGAAUCAAAACCAUGAAGACAACAACAAUAAUAACGACAACGGGGACUUAUCAAUCAUAUUUGAUUCACAAGACGAUUUCGAUAACGAUAUCACAGCUUCCAUCGAUUUCUCUUCCUCAAUUCAGUUUCCAGCGUCUGAUCAACUCCAAGACCAGUUUGAUUUCACCGGAGUUCAACUUCAUCAGCCUCCCAACAUCCUCUACUCUUCAUCUUCUUGUGAUCCUCUACCUCCAUCUUUAUCGGUUUUUGAAGAUGAUUGUCUUUCUUCUGUUCCAAGUUACAAUCUUGGCUCUCUAAACCCUACUUCACCUUCUUGCUCUUUCUUGGGAAAUCCCGGUUUACCAGCUUACAUGUCCGUAACCGGAAAUAAUCAUAUGAUGAACACCGGUUUAGCCAUUGAGCGAUCUGGUUUUUACUCCGGUAGUCUCCAUUUUGGUACUGAUUUUAAACCAUCACAUGAUCAAUUGAUGGAGAUCCACGCUGAUACUAGUGGAAUGUUCUUCCCGGAUACGAUUAAACCCAUCUUCAAUCCAGAAAAUCAUCAUCUCCAGAGGAAAGAGAAGAUUCAUAGGUACAUGAAGAAGAGAAACGAGAGGAACUUUAGCAAGAAAAUUAAGUAUGCAUGUAGGAAGACAUUGGCAGAUAGUCGUCCAAGAGUUAGAGGAAGAUUUGCAAAGAACGAUGAAUUGUGUGAACCAAAUAGACAUGGUUCUUCAAGCCAUCACGAAGAAGACGAUGAUGAUGUGGGGGUCAAGGAAGAAGAACAGUUGGUUGAUUCUUCGGACAUAUUUUCACACAUAAGUGGUGUCAACUCUUUCAAGUGCAAUUAUCCAAUCCAGUCUUGGAUUUGA